AUGCCUGGCACAAAAGGGAGCGAUGCUCAAAAGAAGCAGCCCGCUGUGCCCCGGCCCAGUUCGAGUGUAAUCCUCGUCUCUCCACAAAACGAGAUCCUUCUACUCCAUCGCGUGCAGACCUCCAGCUCUUUCGCAUCGGCCCAUGUUUUCCCGGGCGGCAAUCUCUCGAGUCAGGAUGGCUCGUGCCCUCCACCCGAAGAUCAAACGCGCCACGACGAUGCUUUCUGCUAUCGUCAUGCUGCCAUCCGAGAGCUUUUCGAGGAGAGCGGCAUUCUGCUAGCCAAAGAUGGAAGUUCCGGGAAAACGCUCCCUGUCGAUGAAGAAACCAGGGAACAGGGCCGACGGCUCAUUCAUCAGAAUCAGAUUACGUUUGCUGAGUGGCUGAAGCAGCAGCAUGCAGCCGCUGAGCCAGAUAUAGAUCAAUUGAUUCCGUUUACUCGUUGGGUAACCCCGACCAACGUCCCCAAGCGGUAUACCACCCAGAUGUAUAUCUAUUUCAUGCCUUUGCCCCUCCACGUGGAUAAAAAGCUCUUGGACGAGCUGCCUACACAAGGCGAACGCGAACACCUGCAAAUCCCCACCAGUGACGGCGGUAUCGAGGUCACGGAGGCUCGAUUUCUUUCUGCCUCGGAGUGGCUGCGCCGCGCCCAAAGCGGGGAGAUCAUUCUUUUCCCGCCGCAGUUCCUUCUUUUACAUCUUGUGUCGGGAUUUCUCGACCAAGAGCCUCACUUGGAUGCAUCUGUGGAAGAAAUACAGAAACGGCGUGCAGCACUUGUCGAGUUUAUACAUUCGGGAUCUCCACCUUGGACGCAUAAAUGUAUUUCACCAAAAAUGCUUCAAAUGACGGAGGAUGGACGGACUGUCUUGGCUUUGGACGAUGCCGGGCCUGAGCUGAAGGGGUCAGAUCGCCGGGGUGAGUCGGAGAGAGUGGUUCUGGUACGGUUUAGAAAGGGGAGUGCGAGGGAGGUCGCGGUGGGGUGGAAGAAGGAUGUGAUGGAGGAAGAACGAGCUCGGAGUAAUCUAUAG